UCGAUAAGUGUCAAGAAGUCCUAUAUUCAACAGGAUUGCGAAUUGUUCUGCAAUACGUAGUGAAUGCGUUAUCAGAGUUGCGAGUUGAUUUAGUAAAAAUUCGUCGAACAAUAAUCAAUUGAUAAUAAUCGCGACGUGGUGGACUCACAGAUCGGCCGGACAACUUGCAUAAUUUACGUAGCUUGUCGCUCCGCGUAUCAUUUUUCCUGACACGCAACAAAUAUAUCCCUCCUUCACGCUUCUUUCUCUUUCUCUCUCACACAUACAUACAUCUGAUAAUGUCAGAGAAGGGUGGUCUGCUUAUAAACUGAAGAAAAUUCAAUGCAUCGUAACAUACGAUAUAUGUGCAAGAGAGUGGUGUGAUGUUUAACAUUAAUUAUUUUAUCGAUGAGGAGAUGGAAUAUGGUAGUGAAGAAAGUGACAGCGCCGGUCGCCGUAUAAGAGAUGUGUCGGAUGAUAGCUCAGAUUCUUUCAGUCUGGAUGAAAUACCAGUGCCUAUUAACAAUACAUUUGAUGUGACAUUACCUGCGACUCAUUCUUAUCUAGGGCCAAACUUGGAGGAGUUAAGAGGAAGGACAAUAUUGGAUGAUGGCAUAUAUAUGAAUCUACCGCUAUUGAUUAAACAAACUGUGUUGUUUCCUGGACAAACAUUGCCCAUGACAAUUUUCAACCUGCAGAUUAUUGACAUUCUAAAAAAUUGCAUAAAGAAUGAUCGUACUUUUGGUUGUGUGAGUUAUGGUAGUCCUGUAAUACAUCAAAUAGGAACAACUGCUGAGAUAUAUGAAUAUAGAGAGGGAUCCGGAAGAAAUAGCUUUCAUUUGAAAGCCAAAGGCAGACAGCGAUUCAAAAUAUUACGUAUUGUUACACCGGAACACAAUAAAAUUUUGGCCAAUGUUAAAGUGUUACCAGAGAUAACACUUGGGCCACCAUUUUUGGACCAACGCUUGGCCUCAUUAGAUCACUUGAGAGUUUAUCCUGAUUUGGAGAAGAAUGUUAAAAAACAAGAAAGAAUAGAAAAUUUAGAUGCAGUAAUAACUCCUUGGCCAGCUUGGGUCUAUAGGCAAUACGACCCUGCAAGACUUUCCAUGAAAAUACGUCAACAUUUGCAGUUUCUUGAAAUUAGGGGAGGUAAUGUACCUAAAGAUCCUAUCGGUUUAUCCUUCUGGGUCGCAGAGAAUAUUUUGAUAAAUCACAAUGAAAGACUCGAGUUACUACGUUAUGAUUGUGCUAUUACUCGUUUGCAACGAGAGAUAAAGUAUCUCAUAGAGGAUAAAAUAUAUGUGUGUGUCCAAUGUGAGACUCUCAUCGGUAGACAGUCACAUAUGUUCCCGAUGAAUAGGGAAGGCCCACAAGGUACUUACGUCAAUCCUGAGGGUGUUAUACACGAAACUAUAACCUUUUAUCACGUACAAGGAGUUGCGCUUAGCAGUUCUUCACCUUCGACCAAUUACAGUUGGUUCCCAGGAUAUGCUUGGACAGUGGCAAUUUGCAAACGUUGCAGUCAACAUGUCGGUUGGAAGUUCACCGCGACGGACAGUAAUUUAAGGCCCAAGGUUUUUUGGGGUGUGACACGUAGAAGUUUGAAAGAUAAGGACAUAAGAAUUAAAAAGAAGGAUUAAAGAGUAUUAAUGUACAAACAAUCCUUAUAGAUAAAAUAUAGCUGUUAUGUUAUCAAUAGUUGUAUAAGUUACAAUACAGAGAUUUUUGUGUAUAUUCCAACUGUCGAUUGACACUGUUGUGGAUUGAAAUCUAUUCUAACUCCGCUAUUAUGUUUUAUUAUAAAGUUUUCUGAAUGCAGACUGUAAAACUAAAAGAUAAUCAACGCAUUUCUAUUAUCCUUUUUCAUAUCAGUUAAUUUGUUAUUCUGGUUUUCAUUGAUAUAUACAUACAUAUAUGCAUAUACAUACCUACGAACAUAUAUAUACAUACAUACACAUAUACAGAGUG